AUGGCGCCCGCCACGCCGAACGCGAGGCCCUCGUUCGCCUCCUCCGCGGGCGAACCCUCGGAUACUCCCCACGUCCCUGGUCGCAACCACGCGCGCCUCGUGGCGGAGAUCGCGCGCGAGUUCAGGCCCAGGCUGGACACCGAGGGCUUCUCCGCGGUCAGGGAGCUCGGGUCGCAGCUCAGGGAGCUCGGCGUCGAGUCCAACGAUGAUGCGCCGGCGCACACGCACAAAAGGUGCAAAAUGUGCGGCAACGUGUGCCACGCGCGGAUGAACUCGUGCAGCUCGUGCUGCCUCCCUUUCGUCGAUCGCGGGUCGUGGGAGCCGGCGACGAUGCCGAGGCCCGGCGGAGACGUCCACUCGGAGACCGACUCCGACUCCGACUCCGACUCCGACUCCGACGACGAGACCGAGGUCGACCAUGUCACCGAACCCACCGCACCCGCGGUCAACGCCGCCUCCGCGAUGGAGCGAAGGCGCCGCGAGCGCCGCGCGGCCGCCGCCGUCCCCUCGGGCGGACCGGUCGGCGGACCAGUCGCGUCGGACUCCGCCGACGCCACGACGCGACCCGGGUGGCACGACUGGUUCAACCGAACCGGUCGCCUCCGCGAAGCCCCGACGCACGAACGCGGCCUCGACCCAACGCUGGAGCGCUCGUACGCGGCGCUGGGCUGCGCGUUCGGGGCGACCGAGGCGGAUGUUCGGAUCGCGUACCGAAAGUGCGUUCGCCGCGUUCACCCAGACUCGGGCGGAUCGCGCAAGCAACUCGCGAGGGUCCACGACGCGCUCGAGGCGAUCGAUCGCGACGCGUGGUCGCACGGAGAGGGCGCCGCGGCGCUGCGCGAGGCGUUGGUUGCGUCCGAGAGCGAGCCGGUUUCUACGGAGACGGGGGCGAAGAAGCCGAGGGUCUUCGUGUCGCUGGCCGUGUACCGAGACCCCGAGGGGCUGCACACUCUGAAGGACGCGUUCGAUCGCGCGAGCGACCCCUCGCGGAUCUUCGCGGGAGUGCACUGGCAGCACGUUCUCGCCAAACCCUCGGGCGAGGAGCCCGUGGUGGAUAGGCUUCACCCCGCGCAGAACAUGUUCACUCGGCAGGUCGAGGCCAACCUCGGAAAGAUUCAGGGCGACGAGGACAAGGUGCGGUACCUGGAGGAGAGCAUGAAGCAGCAGGGCGAUAAUCAGCGCGACCUCGACGAGAAGGAGGCGCGGUUGCACGCAAAGGCCAGCCUCGACGCCACCGACGGUACGAAGUGGGAGUGGGCGGGUCACGUCCGCGAGACGAGGGAGUCGUGGGAGUGCGCCGAGGGUCCGUGCAGGGCCCGGCACAUGUCCAUGCGGCUGUGGGGCGGCGAGGAGUACGUGCUGCACGCUGACUCGAGAACCAGGUUCGACCACGGCUGGGACGACGUUCUCAUCGCCGAGCUCGAGCGAAUCCAGACACUGACGAACAACCCCGCCGUCUUGACCGGCGUGCCCCUCGGGUACCACAUGCGCAUGACCCCGGUUGACAACCCCGAAACGUACGAGCGCGUCGGUUACUUACCCGUGUAUGGUAGGGACGAGGAACGGGAACACGAGCUGAGCAACCUCGUCGUGCCGCUGCGGCGCGACCGAACGGACGACGCACCGUCCAUCGCGGCGUUGGGCGUAUGCGGCUUCGGCGAUCUUCUCUGCUACCCGGCCGCGGUCCGCUUGGCGCCGUACGACGCCGCCGACGCCGACGAGCCGCCGCUACCCGCGAUGCUGGUCAACCCUUCGUUUGUGUUUGCGCCAGCGAAGGCGCUCGUCGCGGACGCUCCCCCGGACCUCCACGCGCCCUUCCUGUACCUCGGCGAGGAGCUCAUAACCUCCGCGAGGCUGUGGACCAAGGGGUGGAGGACCUACCUGCCGCGGCACUGUCCCUUGCGGGUGUGUUACGAUCCGAGGAAUCGAAUCGACGAGACGCGCGAGGACAAGAGGCGCGGCGCGCAACUCUACGAUCAUCCCAGGUCUGAAGCGGCGAGGGGUACGUGGGACCAGCUCGAGGAGCGGUACUUCAUGAACCUGCAGUCGCGAAGGCGCGUGCUGCAGGUCAUCGGCGCGCCCGAUCCGGACUCGGCGACGCGCGAUCCGCGGGACGCCGUGAUCCUGAAGGAGCCGUGGGCGCCCGGUUCCGUUCGUCCGGUGAGCGAAUUCGUAAAGUCGCUGGGCGUGGACUUUGACGAGCGCGAAAUCUCGAACACGUCGCGGUAUGCCGGGCUGGACCGCGACGCGUUGAACAUGACCCACGACACGCGCGCCGUCAAGAAGAGGGACACCUUCGCCGCGCGGACGGACGCGACGGAGCUGGGCGACGACGUACUCGCCGACGACGGGUUGCCCUUGAAAUGGAAAAAUGGCAGCCCCUUGUUCGGGGACCUCAGCGCGGGAUACUACGAACGCACGGAACGAUGGAGCUAA